CUGACCUUUACAUAUGAUGAGCAACGUCACCAACGAGUUUAUGUGAAACACUUCUGUUACAUGCAUAUUUUCUAUUUUGAUUAUCAAUUUCUAGACGACAAUUGCUUUAAUGUGUUUUAUUUUAUUGGACCGAGUGACUUAAGAGAACUGCUUAUCGAAAAUGGGAUCUUCCCACAGUAUUGAAAUACCUGGAGGUGGCACAGAAGGUUACCAUGUACUUAGGGUACAAGAUGGUUCUCCUGGACAGAAAGCAGGCCUUGAAGCAUUCUUUGAUUUCAUUGUGGCCAUUGGAAAUACUCGUUUGAAUCAGGAUAACGACACGUUAAAAGAACUCCUGAAGGGUGGUGUAGAUAAAAAGUUAACGCUUACAGUGUACAGUAGUAAAACUCAAGCUGUAAGACAAACCAUCAUAGUUCCCAGUCUCACGUGGGGUGGACAGGGUCUUCUUGGUGUUAGUGUUAGGUUUUGUUCCUUUGAAGGUUCCAAUGAAAAUGUUUGGCAUGUUCUUGAAGUACAUCCAUCUUCGCCCGCCGAAUUGGCUGGAUUACGGCCGUUCACGGAUUACAUUAUCGGCGCGGAUUCAAUUUUACACGAGUCCGAGGAUUUGUUCACUUUAAUAGAGGCUCACGAAUCGCGUUCCCUAAACUUAUAUGUAUAUAACACAGAAGACGAUUCCUGUAGAGAAGUUACAAUUAUACCUAAUCAUACCUGGGGCGGAGAGGGAAGCUUGGGUUGCGGAAUAGGAUACGGAUAUCUUCAUAGAAUACCCAUUAGAAGUGUGCAAGAACAUAAAUCUAAUACCUCGUAUACGAGUAACGUUAAACCCAGCGUUCCAAGUCAGGUGACAACCGGAACUGUUACUCGCACCGGAGGAAAUAAUAUGGUGAUAAGUAUACCCCCAGGUUUUUCUAUUCCGCCUAAUUACGUUCCAUCGCAAGAUAUUACUACAAAAGCUGACCUUGAAACCACCACAAUAGCUCAAACUGUGUACACUCCGAGUGCACAGACAUACACUAUUCCGCAACUAAAUCCUGCUACUGUUGGUGGAUCUACAACAAUUUCUAUACCUCACAUGGUAUCUAAUCAAGGCACUGCGAGUGUUAUGAUUGGUAAUAAUGCUUCGCCUCAACCGAAUACAAUGCCAAAUAUACCUGGAAUGCCUACCACUCCACCUUUACCAACGUUUCCCACUAUGACAACAGUUUUGAAUGAAGCUUGUGCUACAGUCGGUUUACCCAAGGAUUUCUCAGCUGUACAGGGUGUAAGUCAAGGUGUCCCAUCGCCCGAAAUGCAGUUUAAUGCGUCUCAGUCUCACGUAGUCACAACGCCGAUUUCACUGCCUGGCAUGCCACCUAUUACUGUUAGCGCAAGCCUACCGCAGAAUACGCCUUUCUAUGCGUCUGUUCUUCAACAAAAUCAAAUGACCGGCUUGAAUACAGUUCCCACGUCUACGGCGACACCGACACAGUAACAUCGGUUUUCUGUAACGAAAGAAGCCUUUUUGUUCCCCAACAGAAUGAGUAUUGAUAAACGAAGGUAAAAUAAAAUCACCGUUUAUACGUUACAAAUAUAUUGUGUCACUCUACUCUUGUGCGUUUAUACUUUUAUUACUUGUCUGAACGUAACGUAAACAAAUUUCUGGAUGCAUAAGGGAAGGAUUAUGUAAUUCUGUACAUAGCUGAAACGCGAUCACUGAAACUAGGAGUAAAUUAAAGCAUUUAAAUAAAAAC